GUGCUGGUGCGGGCCGUGCGUGGCAGAGGCGCCCGGCUGCAGCGCGGUAGCCGGCGACACACGCUCACUGUACCUGCCGGUCGGCCCGGGCUGUGGUCGCUGGGACCGGUCCCAGUGAGCCGACAGAGGUGAUGGAGCCCUCCCAGCGCACCGCCCGGACGGAGCGCUCUGAACAGUGACCGCGAGUGGCGGGAGUAAGAACACAACGCCGUUGAGCUGAGGCUGGGUCACAGCACGCGGCUCUGAUAGCAAAUUGGAGUCGACGGUCACGGCUAUCGGGUGUCCCUGCUCGAUAUCGUCCCGCCGGCCAUCACCGUACAGCUCCCGACGAACCGACUGCCUCGGAUUGCUGGAACAAGAACCACUACUGAUCGGUGGCCGGGAAAGGGAGAUUGGGUAGGAGACCGUCUGAAGAGGAGAGAAGACUGAAGUGGGAGGCGACUGAAGAGGACAGGUGACUGAAGUGGGAGUGACCGGCCUCUGAAUGGAGAACGCUGGGUACGUCGCAGAUGACAGCUUCGCUCGAGAGCUGAAGACGGCUGACCAGACAACCACGGCACGCGCGGCAGCUGCUGCGGCCAGCCGGCGCCGUCAGAAGGAGCAGCAGCUGGCGGCGGGGGCGGCCGUGCAGCUGCCGCGCACCAUCGGCGCCCUCUCCGGGUCAGCCAUCCUCAUCGGCUCCAUCGUCGGCGCCGGCAUCUUCAUCUCUCCGGCGGGCGUGCUGCGGCACUCGGGUUCGGUAGGUGCCGCGCUCACCAUCUGGCUCGUCUGCGGCCUGGUCGAGGCGGUCGGCGCUCUCUGCUACAUCGAGCUGGGCCUGCUGCUACCGGAGCACGGCGGAGAUUUCACCUACCUGCUGCGCGCCUUCGGGCCGCUGCACCCGUUCCUGGGCGCGCUGCCUGCCUUCCUGCACUGUUGGCUGGACGUAAACGUGUCCAAUCCAGGCGGCACUGCCGUGCUGGCGCUUACUUUCGCCCAGUACUGCGUGCGUCCCUGGUAUGGAAGCGAUUGUUCUCCGCCUGUGGGGCUCGAGUCGCUGUUAGCAGCACUGAUUGUUCUCACGCUGACUGCCGCCAACUGUAUCGGAGUGCACUGGUCCACCCGUCUGCAGAGCGCCUCCACAGUCGCCAAAAUGACCGCCAUGGCCAUUAUUGUGGCUGGAGGAGUGUACUCACUAUCACAAGGUAACGUCCAUCACCUGGCCACAGGAUAUCAGGGCACCACCAGCUCGUCAGGCGAGCUGGCCGCCGCCUUCCUCACCUGCCUCUGGGCCUACGGAGGCUGGAAGAACCUCAACAACAUCACCGAAGAAGUCAAGAACCCUCCGCGGACCCUUCCUCUCUCCAUUCUCGGCUCACUGCCAAUUGUCACCCUGUUCUACAUCAUGGUCAACAUCGCCUACCUGGCGGUGCUCUCUCCGGAGCAGAUGAUGUCGUCACACGCGGUGGCCUUCACGUUCGGUGAGCGCGUGCUCGGACCCGCCGCCUUUCUGAUGCCGCUCGGAGUGGCGCUGUCGGUGUUCGGCUCCCUGAACAGCGCCGCGCUCUCCUGCAGCCGAGUCAUGAUGGCCGUGGCCCGCGAAGGCCACCACCUACACGCCUUCAGUCUGGUGCACGUGCGCUGGCUCACCCCGGUGCCGGCGCUGAUCUUCCACGCCCUCGUCACCUGCUCGAUGAUUUUAAUUGGCGACGUCGGCACACUGCUGCGACUGGCCGGCUUCGUCGGCUCCUUCUUCAACGUCAUGGUGCUGGUGGCGCUGUUCGUCCUGCGGAGGACCAUGCCGGACGCGAAGCGACCCUACCGGAUGCCGACAGUGCUGGCGGCGCUGCGACUGCUCUUCUCGGCGUACCUGUUGGUGGGGCCGAUCGUCGACCACCCGCGCACCGAGUACCUGUACUCGGUGGCCAUGCUGCUGCUCGGUCUGACCGUCUACACGCCGUUCGUGUACAAGGGCUGGUCGUGGCCACUGCUGGAGCGGUGCACAGUGGGCCUGCAGAAGGCACUCGAGCUGCUGCCCACAGAGCACUGACGGAUACGGGAUACGAAAUACGGGAUCGAUUGUAUACUGAUCGAGGUAUACGAUGCAUACUGACACUGGUGCCAAGGUUAUUGAUCGUUUUAGCAUGUGUUUUAGAUUCUGACUGUUGCUGCACAUGUGUGAUAAUUGCUGGUUUAUAUUUAGCAUGACGUCUCGUCUUUUACAAUACAAUGUACCUAUUUUUGCCUA